AUCUGUAUACGUGAUUACGUAGACAUGAGUUCAAAAGGUUGUUGGAGUAUCAAUAUGGCGGCCUCCAAGGGAAGAGUGAUUCUGAAGGCUGUGAAGGAAAUAGCGGUACAGUUUUGUCCAUUUGAAUCAAAUACCCGGUCUACAAGAGAGUUUCUGGUGUUGGUUGGCUCGGAGAAGGCUCGAGGGACCAACUUGAACUGUGAGGUGAAGACGCAAGUGAAACACGACUCAUCCGAACCCGUAAUUAACAUCGCAUUUUCGGACGGAGAACGAUUGGUGAUGAAGGGAGCUCAGCUGACCAGCCGAGAGAUGCUGUCAGCUUUCCAGUCUCGCUGUAUUGCCAAGGAUCCGCAAGCUAAGAUGGCGGCCAAGAAAUAGCAGUUUGUUAGUGCUGUAUUCAUGGGUUUUGUAUAUAUUUGUGUUGUUGUUUUUUCCGUAAUAAAUUGCUUUUCAUUUGCUCUGAAA